AUGUAUUGCUUCCUGCUGCUCAUACUGCCCUCCCAGAUAUUCGAAUAUUCGUUCGAAGCUGAAGCCGAGAAGCAAUCACCAUGGACACAACGAAGCAGAAUAGAAAUUACUUUCAAAUCUAGUAUAACAAGCAACAGUGGUAUCGAUCACAACGCCCGAAGUCUUUUCAAUGAUUAUGCCAUAAGAAAUGGUAGCACGCUUGAAGAAAUAAGUCUACGUCGUACAAACGAUUGUCCGGGCUUAGAAUCAGUACGAAAAUAUGAAGCAAACGUUAUGGACUGUCACGAGUUUCAAAUGUAUCUCUACGACCUUAGACCGCAACGAUACUCUUUGAAAACUGCUUAUGUCAAGUGCGAUCGUAUGGCGUCCGGAAUAUGCUUAUGGUACACCUGUGCAGAUAAGGAUUAUCAAGACGUCAUCAGCUGCAAAUAGUAGUGAAAGUGAAUAAAGUUUGUGAUUUACUAAUUUGC